ACCAUGACCAGCGUACUGAAGCGCAGAAUAUAUCUUUACAACAAACUCAGCGAGCAAGACAUAAAGCAAGACGUACCGGAAAAGAUGGCUGACUGGGGCAGCAGCUCGAGGACAAGGUACAAGGAGCUUCCUAGCCCUGUCCCGUUUGAAUACCCCUAUUACGAACCAACCAUCGACACCAAAAUGCAACUAGUAUCUGUAAGCUGGCUUAUAUCUCCCAAUAGCUUCUACACACAAAUAAUGUCCCUCAAACCGAAAUUCGUAGAGAUGAUGCACAAAAUCCCAGAGCUUUACAAAGGCGUCAGGCCUUACUCGGGGAUCGUCCCUGUUGGUGGUAAUAUACUGGCAAGAUACGCUGCCGAUGGAGUUCUCUACCGAGCCACAGUCAUCUCCGACCAACCGUUCUCAAAAUUUAUAGUCCAGUUCAUAGAUUUUGGGAAUAAAGAACUGGUGGACGCUAAGGACAUUUGGCAGUUGGAUAGGCAGCUGUUAGAGCUGCCUAAAAUGGUGGUUCAUUGCUAGCUGAUCGGCGUGGCGCCUAUAGAAGGAUGGAAGGCCAAUCCCGAGAUAGACAUGUGUUUCAACGCGCCGCGGUAUCAGUGCGUGUUCCAGGAGUGUGUGGAAGGGCAGUAUCAGGUGUUGUUGUGGAACAACGGAGCUAGUGUUAUGGAUAUGCUGCUAGAGAAACAGUUGGCUGUGCUUUCGGAGCAGCAAUCUUCUGUUGCAUUUGAAGACGAGGCAAUAGACCUGGCCGUCAUAGAGGGCCAGCUGCUCCCCUGCCGUGUGACGCACUUCGAGUCGUGCGAGAAGUUCCACGUGCAGCUGGACAUGGAUAAGGCGUCGCUGGUCGAGAACGCCAUCGCCAACUACGACGUCAACUUGUUGAUACCACUAACACAAGAUACUAUAACGGACGGCAUCCACUGCGCAGUGAAGCACGAGGGUAAAAUCUACCGCGCCAUCUUGAACGACACGUCAGACGCAAACAACGUCGUCGCCGUGUUGCCCGAAUAG